CGGUACGGUUGCUAAGUAACACUUCCUGUGCGUUGAAUGUGUAGAGAAGUAAAUAACGCCGAAAACAUGGUGCGUUAAUUGGGAUUAUUGGUGAAUCGGCAAUCAUUUUUCGCGUGAAAAUAGUCUUACCUUUGAGAACUGUAGAUUUAGCGGCAAAAUCAUGACACUGACAACGAUUAAAGACGGCGAAUACACCGCCACUGUCUACAAAAUGAUCAAAGAUGGGCGGUAUGGAGAGGCUAUCCACAUCCUCAGCAAUGAACUGCAGAAACAGAUGAAGUCGCGGGCAGCCCUGUCUCUGCUAGGCUACUGCUACUACCACAUGCAGGACUUCACCAACGCAGCAGAGUGCUAUGAGCAGCUGUCCCAGCUACACCCCGAGGUGGAGGAGUACAAGCUGUAUUACGCCCAGUCUCUGUACGGGGCCUGUGCCUACCCCGAGGCCAUGAAGGCUACCUUUCUAUUGGACAACCCUACCAGCCACACCAAGAUGAUCAAACUGCAGGCAUCCAUCAAAUACGGAGAAGAGGAGUACUCUGGAGAAGGUGAUGCUGCUCAGGAGGCCCUGAUUGACAUGCCGCCCAGAUCAGAGGAGGAGCUGGACCCAGUGACGCUCCACAACCAGGCCCUGAUGAACAUGGAUAAAAAACCAUCGGAGGGUUUUGAGAAACUGGCCUUCCUCCUGCAGCAGAUCCCCUUCCCCCCGGUCACCUUCGGAAACCUGUUGCUACUAUACUGCAAAUAUGAGUAUUUUGACCUGGCUGCUGAUGUGAUGGCAGAGAAUGCACACCUCACCUACAAGUUCCUCACCCCGUAUCUGUAUGAGUUUCUGGACGCCAUGUUGACCUGCCAGACAGCUCCAGAGGAGGCCUUCAGGAAGUUUGAUGAGAUGAACGCCAAGUUGACAGAUCAACUACGCAAGCUGACCAAACAGGUACAGGAAGCCAGACUAGCCCGUGAUAAUGAAGCCUUGAAGAAGACCCUCCAGGACUACGAUGAGAUGGUGGAGAAGUACAUCCCAGUUCUGAUGGCCCAGGCUAAGAUCUACUGGAACAGGGAGAACUACCAAAUGGUUGAGAAGAUCUUCCGUAAGUCGGUGGAGUUCUGUAAUGAACACGACACCUGGAAGCUCAACGUGGCUCACGUUCUCUUCAUGCAGGAGAACAAGUACAAGGAAGCCAUCGGCUUUUACGAACCCAUCGUUAAGAAACACUAUGACAACAUCCUGAAUGUCAGUGCUGUUGUGCUUGCUAACCUGUGUGUCUCCUAUAUCAUGACCAGCCAGAACGAAGAGGCUGAAGAACUGAUGAGGAAGAUUGAGAAGGAGGAAGAGCAGAUCUCUUACGACGACCCUGAUAAGAAAGUCUUCCACCUCUGUAUAGUCAACCUGGUUAUAGGGACCCUGUACUGUGCCAAGGGGAACUACGACUUCGGGAUCACCCGUGUCAUCAAGAGUCUGGAACCGUACAACAAGAAGCUGGGAACAGACACCUGGUUCUAUGCUAAGCGCUGUUUCCUGUCUCUGCUGGAGAACACGGCCAAACACAUGAUCAUGAUCAGGGACUCAGUUGUUCAGGAGUGUAUUCAGUUCCUGGAGCACUGUGAAGUGUAUGGUAAGACAGAGCCAGCCAUGCUAGAACAGCCACUGGAGGAGGACAGGAUGCACAUCGGAAAGAACACAGUCACCUACGAGUCACGCCUCCUCAAAGCUCUCUUCUACGAGGUCAUCGGAUGGAACCAGUGAUGUCGCACUAGAACGGAACAGAGCCUGUGAUGUCAUCGGACAGAACCAGUAGUUUACACUAAAGCCUUUUAAAACCUUUUCUACACCCCAACCAGUUCAAAUCUAUCAACCUGGACCACAUCACAUGAGCUAUUAUAGUACAUUAUAUAUUUGGCUUGUUGUUAUUUUCUGCAUCAUCUGAAAGUUACAAGCUGUUGUUCUGACUUCUGUUAAGCAUAUUCACUCCUCAUCUCACACACACAGCCCCACACACACACACACACACACACACACACACACACAGAGUGGGAGAAGCCAUGGGGCUUCAUUCAUGUGAGCGUCUUUAGUUUAGUUGAGCCUGGGCCCAGAGAAAAACACCUUUCUACUGAUAUUAUUAUUAUGACACUAAAAUAUAAACACAACAUGCAACAACUUCAAAGAUGUUACUGAGUUACAGUUCAUAUGAGGAAAUCACUAAAUGGAACUGAAUGCAUUAGGCCCCUAUGGAUUUCACAUGACUGGGAAUACAGGUAUGCAUCUGUUGGUCACAGAUAUCUAUCAUUUUAAAGUAGGGGUGUGGAUCAGAACACCAGUCAGUAUCUGGUGGGACCAUCUGCCUCAUGCAGCACAACACAUCUCCUUCACAUAGAGUUGAUCAGGCUGUUGAUUGGGGAAUGUGUAACAUGGGGCUGUGCAUUAUCAUGGGGCUGUGCAUUAUCAUGGCACGACAAUGGGCCUCAGGAUCGCGUCACGGUAACUCUGUGCAUUUAAAUCGCCAUGGAUAAAAUGCAACUGUGUUCAUUGACUGUAGCUUAUGCCUGCCCCGUACCAUAACCCCACCACCGCCAUGGGGCACUCUGUUCACAAUGUUGACAUCAGCAAACCGCUCACCCACACAAUGUCUGUCAUCUGCCCGGUACAGUUAAAAUCUGGAUUCAUCCAUGAAGAGCACUCUUCUCCAGAGUGCCAGUGGCCAUUGAAGGUGAGCAUUUGCCCACUGAAGUCGGUUACGACGCCGAACUGCAGUCAGGUCAAGACCCUGGUGAGGAUGACGAGCACACAGAUGAGCUUUCCUGAAGCGGUUUCUGACGGUUUAUGCAGAAAUUCUUUGGUUUUGCAAACCCACAGUUUGAUCAGCUGUCCGGGUGGCUGGUCUCAGACGAUCCCACAGGUAAAGAAGCCGGAUGUGGAGGUCCUGGGUUGGCGUGGUAACACGUGGUCUGUGGUUGUGAGGAUGGUUGGACGUACUGACAAAUUCUUUAAAACGACGAUGGAGGCGGUUUAUGAUAGAAAAAAUAACAUUAAAUUCUCUGGCAACAGCUCUGGUGGACAUUCCUGAAGUCAGGAUGUCAAUUGCACACUCCCUCAAACCUGAGACAUCUGUGGCAUUGUGUUGUUUGACAAAACUGCACAUUUUAGAGUGGCCUUAUAUUAUCCCCAGCAGAAGGUGCACCUGUGUAAUGAUCAGGCUAUUUAA